AUGAAGUUCCUGCUUGCGCAGGAGGCGACGCAGACCAAGAAGGAGGAGGCAAGGGCAAAGCGCAAGGAGGCCAUGAAGGUGGAGGAGAACGGCAAGAAGCCUGCAGCUUACAAUAAGUACUGGCGAAAUGAGAAGCUGGGUGUUUCAUCCUGGAAGGCAGCUCUAGAUGGAAAUCUUUUCUUCUUGCAGCUGUACACGGAGGUGGGUGGUUUCUUGGAUGCUGCUGGGCUCCAAGCGAUCGCAGGCUCCACACCGCUGCACUGGGCUGCACGAUAUGGCCACGGCCCAAUUGUCAGGUUGCUCCUGGACUCCAAAGCUAGUCCAGAUGAGCAGAACAACAUGGGCGACACCGCCAUGCACGAGGCUGCAGCGCUGGGGUUGGUGGAGCCCUUGCAGUGGCUGGUGGUUGCCAAGGCCAACUUGUCGCUCCGAAACCGCGAGUCUCGGACGCCGCUGGAGGUGGCAGAGCGAGCUCCCUCCAAAGAGGCCCUGCAGCUGCUACAACGCCUCGAAGACGAUGACCUCGAGCAGUCCGAGUCGGAUGCUGCUCGCACAGCACGGCGCGAGCGCCGCGCUCUGGCAGCCCGCGCGAGAGAGCAGGUGACCAGCCCCGAGCACGAGGAGUCUUCUGGGGAGGAUGAUUCGCCUUCCUUGGCGCUUGCGGUUGUGCGGGCCGCGAGGCCCUUGCUUCGCAGCGUGCAGUGGCUGGCUAACCGUGUCUUGGGCGAGAAGAAAACGAACCUUGGAGACACAAGCCAGUUCUCCUACGACCACAUGUCCGGGCAGUGGGUGUUGCAGAGGCAGCCAGGGGCGGAGGAGGAAUCGGCUUCGUCGGAAGACCAGACUUGGUCUCUCCCGGAGAAGCACGGAACGAGGUGUCCACACCUCGGACAGCGAAAAGCCAAAACCGUAGUUGAAGAAGGGAAGCGGGAGGUAGCAGCUAGCAGAUCUGUCCAUGCCCCGGUACGACUGCACAGCACUGCAGCCACUAGCCUUGGCUCGACCGAUCUGGUGCGACAGUGCCCGGGCCCAGCAGAGAGGCCAGGCCAGGCCAUGCCGAACGCGGCCAGCGGUGAGAGGCGCCGCGGCGCUCGCCGUGCCUGCCAUGUCCUGGCUGCCCUAGGUCUGCUGGGAGCACUCCGAGCUGGAGCAGCUUUCGCAUCGACCAGGCAAGCGGUCGAGGGAGCCAAGGAGGUCCCACGCCGCCAGCUGCUGACAGGAGCAGGUUUGAGCACCGCCCUCACAGCCACGCCGGCGCUAGCCUUCGAAACGUGGGUAGAUUCCAACCAGGGCUACGAGUUCAAGUUCCCAACCGGCCCACAGAAGUCCACCCUCAAGGGCUACGAUGUCUUCUACCGAGACAUCCUGGAGCCUCUCGAGUACAUCGGUGUCAAGAUUGUCGGAACGCAGCGCAACAGCCUCGAUGACGUCGGCACACCGCAGGAGGUGCACAGUUCGGGUGUGUGUAAGAGAGACAGAGCGAGAGUGUCUAUGCCGAAGAAGAAGAAGAAGCCAUGUAAGCUCUGGACCUUAGUUCCAGUACUAGUUUUCAGAGGUGGUGUUGCGCGGGGAAGUUGUAAAGACGGAGCAGAGACUUAG